AAUAAACGGAUAAUAACUUUAAUUAAAUAAUAAAAAUGAGGACAGAUCAGUUCCCAUGUUUGCACUUUUGGUUCCAGGUGUCAGCUGACUGAAAGUGAAAGUGAAAGUACUGCAGCAGAGAAGCUAACGACCGUGGACCGGAGAGAAACCUGGAUCAGAUUCAGCAGAGGAAGAUGACGGGCGUGGUUAAAUGUGGACUCAUCGUUCUUCUCUUCGACGCCGGGCUGUGGUUCUCCCUGUGGGCCGCCCUGGUGCUGUACGAGUGCUCCACGUGUGGCGGGCUGGCGGGCGCGUGGGCCUUCGGGGCGGUGAAGUGGGCCGUCCUCCACGUGUUCACCUCCACGCUGACUGAUGGGAAGCGGCGGGCGGUGCUCUGCAGGUUGGCGGCGCUCCUCUGCCUCCUGUUCCCUGUGUUUGAGAGUGGACGGGUCCUCGUGGCGCCUCCCUCAGAACCUUACACCGGACCGUAUCCGGACCUCAGCGUGCUGCUCCUGGUGUCGGGCGCCUCGUCGCUGGCCUGCGUGGUUUGGGAGAAGGCGUGUGGUGACGGGACGCUGAUGAAGCUGCUCGUGAGGCUGCUGAAAUACUUCAAACCGGACACGCUUUAUCUCAUCGCAGCUUUCGGGUUCCUCAUCUUAGGAGUCGUCUGUGAUACCUUCAUCCCGUUGUAUCAGGGGAAUGUGAUCGACAUGCUGAGAGGUCGAGUGCUUGAUUCCAGCUUCUUUUCUGCGCUUGGACAGCUCGCACUUUUCUCUCUUGGAAGCGCUCUGUUCUCCGGCUUAAGAGGAGGCAUAUUCAUGUGCACCCUGGCCAGGCUGAACAGGAGACUGAAGCAUCUUCUGUUCCACACCCUGCUGCAGCAGGAGGUUCACUUCUUUGAGGUGAACAACUCCGGAAGUCUUUCGUCCCGCCUGCACUCGGACGUGGACAAGAUGGGCCGCACGGUGGCGCUGAACGCCAACGCGGCGGUUCGCAGCACGGUCAAAACCGUCCUCAUGCUCGGGGUGAUGUUAAACCUGUCCUGGGAGCUCACCGUGCUCACCUGCAUAGAGAUGCCACUGUUGGCCGUCUUGCAGAGCAAAUACAUCACCUGGUCCAAGGAGCUCAAAGAUCAGAUGCAGGAAUGUCACGCUCAGAACAAAGACCUGGCUUCACAGACGGUCAGCGGGAUUCGUACGGUCCGCAGCUUCAACGCGGAGAAAGAAGAAGUGAGGAGGUACAACGAGGCUCUGGACCAGAUGUGCGCCGUUAAGAGACGAUCGGGAAUCUACAGUGCGAUCUUCCUUUUGCUACGGAGGCUGGUCAGUCUGGGGAUUAAGAUCCUGAUGCUGGUGAAGGCCCGCAGUCUGAUCUCACUGGGUCAGCUCAGCAUCGGUAACCUUGUGUCCUUUUUCUUGUACCAGAAGCCGAUGUCGAACAAUUUAAGGGAGCUUUUGUAUUGCUAUGGAGAGACCAUGUCCACAGUCGGAGUCAUCUCCAAAGUGUUUAAUUAUCUGGACAGAACGCCGGAGUGUAAGACGGCCGGAGAGUUCGCUCCCGAGAAGCUGGAGGGAAAAAUAAGUUUCAGAAACGUCACCUUCACCUACCCGUCAGCUCCUCAAGAUAAGCCAGCGCUGAAGUCGGUUUCCAUGGAAGUUCAGCCAGGGAAGAUGACGGCGCUGGUCGGCCCCUCGGGCGGCGGGAAGACUUCCUGUGUCAGCCUCCUGAAGAGGCUGUACGAACCUCAGGAGGGGGAGAUCCUGCUGGACGGACAGCCGCUGCACCAGUACAGUCACAAAUACCUCCAUCAGAAGCUGGCCCUGGUAUCCCAGAAUCCUGAGCUGUUUUCUGGUUCACUGAGAUACAACAUUGAAUACGGCCUGAAGGACUGCUCCAUCGAGAGGGUGAAAGAAGCUGCGAAGAAGACCAACGCCGACGGCUUCAUCUCUCAGCUGGAGAACGCAUACGACACGGAUAUCGGCGAACGUGGCGGCAGACUGUCAGACGGACAGAAGCAGUGCAUCGCCAUCAUCAGAGCUCUGGUCCGAGAUCCGCAGGUCAUCAUUCUGGACGAGGCUACGAGCAAACUGGAUGUUCAAGUGCAGCAUACUGUGCUCCAGGAGGUUCUGUCGUGUGGUCGGACGGUCCUGGUGGUGGCUCAUCAGCUGAAGACUGUGGAGAAGGCAGAUCACAUCAUCUUCAUAGAGAAGGGAGCGGUCGUGGAGGAAGGGACCCACCAAGAACUCAUGGCCAAGAGAGGACGAUACUAUCGUUUGAAAGAGGAACUGUUCUCUUAGUAAAUAUCUGUACAUUCACUUUUGUGUGUGAACACUCCCACUGACCUGCUAACCUGUUUUUUAUCUUGUAUGGCAUGAAGUGUAGAUUAAUGAUGGUCUGCGUGUUUAAUUGCAUUAAUUAUGUUUAUGUGCAGGAAGGAUUAAACCGUUUAAAGACAGUAAAGCCAUUGACCUCAGCAACACGUCUGUCUAAAGUUUGCCAACAGGUCAUACCGACCCAGCUGACACAAAUGUUUUUAUUUGAGGAAGAUAUUGUUGGACUUUUACACUUUAUUUCUACUUUUACUGAAGUAAAAGUACUUUUCCACCACUG